UCCCCGCCACCGGCAGACACCGUCCGACAUUUCAGAACUUCCGUUUACAUCUCCCUACUUCUGAAUUCGCGCUUCUCCCUCUCCGGUACUAUGACGACGGCGAUGGAUCCUCCGCCUCCUGGACAGCCGGAAAACGAGACAGUUGCGUCCGUCGGAGCUGAAGCUCAGGAGGCCACGGUAGAAGCAGCAUCCGCGGACACUUCUGCAACGCCAUCUUCUAUGCCUUCUCCUCCUACCAGAGCCCCUGACUCCUCAGGUCCCGAAAGUACUGAAGAGGCUGUCCUGAAGCGUAGCACGAAGCCGAGCUCUCAGGGCGUUCCGGUGCCCUACACGAUUCCUCCGUGGAGUGAGCGUCCCUGCCACCAAUUCUAUCUCGAAGUGCUCAAGGAUGGUUACAUUCUUGAUCAGCUCAACGUACACGAGAAAGGGGCUUACAUGUUCGGGCGGGUUGAUCUCUGUGAUUUUGUGCUCGAGCAUCCAACUAUUUCCCGUUUCCAUGCCGUCCUUCAAUUCAACGUGGAUGGGGAAGCUUACCUGUAUGAUCUUGGCAGUACUCACGGUACCUUUGUGAACAAGAAUCAGGUGAAGAAGAAGGUCUACGUGGACUUGCAUGUUGGAGAUGUUAUUCGAUUCGGACAAUCUUCUCGAUUAUACAUUUUUCAAGGACCAGCAGACUUGAUGCCACCGGAGAGUGACCUGAAAGUUAUUAAAGAAGCAAAACUACAAGAAAAGCUGCGUGAUAGGGAAGCUUCUUUACAGCGUGCAAGAGAUGAGGCAUACCUUGCAGAUGGUAUCUCAUGGGGCAUGGGAGAAGAUGCUGUUGAAGAGGAUGAGGAUGAGAUGGAUGAGGUGACUUGGCAAACUUUCAAGGGUCAGCUUACUGAAAAGCAGGAAAAAACUCGCGAAAAAGUAGUAAAAAGAAUGCAAAAGAUAGCUCACAUGAAGAAAGAGAUAGAUGCAAUUCGUGCAAAGGAUAUAGCUCAAGGUGGAUUAACUCAGGGGCAACAAACACAAAUUGCUCGCAAUGAGCAAAGAAUUUCACAGAUCAUGGAAGAACUUGAGAACUUGGAAGAGACACUAAAUGAGAGUAUACGAGAGAGUAUAGGUGCACGUUCCGGAAAAAUUUCUCAUGGUAAAAACAAGGGAGCAACCGAAGAUGACGAUGACCUUUUGAGUGAUGAUGAUGAAUUCUAUGACCGCACGAAGAAGAAGACAUCCACUGCAAAACCUGGGGAAUCACAAUCAAUAGAAACUGCAGAUACGCUCCUUGACAAGAGGGAUGCAAUAACAAGAGAAAUGGAAGAGAAAAAAGAACUGCUCGCAAAUGAGAAGAAGCAAACGGAAUCAAUAACUGUCUUAGAAACUGGAGCUGGAGAUUCACUUGAUGCUUACAUGUCCGGCCUUUCAUCCCAGCUUGUGCUUGAUAAAACCUCACAGAUUGAGAAGGAAAUAUCAUCUCUCCAAAGUCAGUUGGACCGGGUAUUAUACCUCUUGAAGAUUGCUGAUCCAAAAGGAGAAGCUUCAAAGAAAAGAGAUUUGAAGGGACAAGAACCGAAAAUUGAUAAAUCAGAACCUGCUAAUGUUGUCGAGAAGAGUGAAGCUAAGAAAGGUGUCAAGCCUAGAGAAAUCACGAAUGUCUCUACGGAAGAGGGAAUUGGUGAUUCAGCGGCAACAUCAAGCGAGGCAUCAGGAGGUGAAAAGAUCAGUGAUGAUGGUUCCGAGGAAAAACCUGCCGUUUAUACUACGGUGAAGCCACAGUGGCUCGGCGCCGUAGAGGAUAAGCAAAUUGAUGGAAGAAAACAAGAAGCAGAAUGUUCGACCCUGCCUGAGGCUGAUCAGUUUGUUGACUACAAAGACCGGAAGAAAAUUCUGAGUACUGGAGAUGAUUUAAAGGGAAAUUCGAACUCAGGGUCUGAAGGUCCCGUAGCUGGCCUCAUAAUAAGGAAGCGAAAACAGACUGAGAAGCCUGAAAUGACGGUAGAUAAGACUCCUGAAGAUUCAACAUCUUCCCAAGGAGCAGAACUCGCGGUAGAGGAUGCUGUGGCUCUGCUACUGAAACACCAGAAAGGCUACCAUGGGUUAGAUGGCGAAGGAAAUGAUGAUUUCUCUGGCACUAAAGAGCAGGCGGAGAAUAAGAAGAAACCCAAAAGAGUUCUAGGACCUGAGAAGCCAUCUUUCCUUGACACUAACUCGGAAUAUGAAUCAUGGGUUCCACCUGAAGGACAAUCAGGCGAUGGACGGACAUCACUGAAUGAUCAGUAUGGCUAUUGAAGUCUGCAGCUUUUGGGUUGUCUGGUCAUCAAAAAUUGAAACUGGUCAAAUCAGCGGGCCCAAUUUUACAGCUUUGUGUUAGGUAGCGUGUAUGUAUGGAGGAUAGGCUAUGGUUUGUACAUCAAAAUCUUGGAGAGAGGCCUAUAUUGACUGAGAAAUAUUUUUCUCAGAAUCGUGCAGUGGUGUCUCCAAAUAAUUUGAAGCUGCUAUUAGCAUAGCAGCCACUGAGCCGAGCCGAUUACCAGAAGAUCAUAAAAGGAUUUGCCAAGUAAUGAGCGGAGAUAUUGCGGCUGCCUUGGCAGGGAUAUGUUGAAUGAGGAGACUGCUUUCUGAUGUCAGAAAAUUGAAUAGUUGACACUUGCAUGAUCGUGAGGGGCUGACUGAAGUUGGAUUUUGGAUUGCCUGUUGUGGUUAAAGAGAGGUUGGCAAUUGUCGUUGCAUGUAUGUUUACCAGUUUCUCCAGGUUUUUCUCUUA